AAAGUAAUCGCCUCUAAUAGCCCUAAAAAGCAAUUAAAAUAAAUUGCACAAGUAUAUACGAAGGGUAGGUAACUCGCCACCCUGCCCCUUCCCUAGCGCGAGGGAUUGUCGCGCGCUCUUAAUACUUCCACCUUCCUUGCCUUCCGCAUAAUAUCCUUUUUUCGCCAUAAGAGUCUUUCUCUGUCUGAAUUAUCCGAUGGGGGUUGCUUACUGCUCUAAUUCUCCCCACUUCGGCACCCCUCCCUCCUCGUAGGUGGGGGAUGGUGGUGGUGGUGGUGUGGAGUUAACGUAGGUCAUCCCUUGAGUGUGUAAAAAUUUUCAUAGUAGUCAGUAAGCGUCGAUGUGCCAAAAGAAGUAGUCGCGCACACUUUCCAAUAUAUAUAUAAAUAUACUUCGUGCGAUCGUGUUUAUUUGAGGAAAAAUUAGUCGUAAUGGCUUUACUGUGAUUCCAUUACUCCGGGCACUUUUUAUUAUAAUUUUUCGCGUCGCAAGUGGGUUUUGUGGUGUGCUCGACGUCAUGCCAUUGCUGCAAGAGAAUACGCCGAAAAGAGCAGUUCCAGAUAUGCUGUCGGCCCGAGACAUUAAGGUGGAACCCGAGGACCAACUGGCCACCGCCUUCCCACCGGUGGGUUACCCGACGUUUGGCAACACCCCAAUGUUCACCUCGACCCAGUUGCUUAUGGCCAGUCAGCUGAUGGCUGCCUCCGGCUUAUCCAUGUCCAGCCCCGGAUUCUUCCAUCCUGGACUGUUGCCGAUGCCCUGGACCGGAAACUCACCCCCGUCCCCACCGGCGAGCAACGAGCAAAUCUCCCCCGCCCAAAAAGUCCGGAAACUGAGCCACAACAACAACAAUAACAACAACAACCUGGUGUCGAGCAGCACCACCGUAGUAGUAGACACGAGAAAGAAGAAGUGGAAACCAUUGGACGAGGAUCACGGCAUCACUUUGCCCUUAAGUUCCCCAACGUGCAGCGUAUCUCCUCCCGCAGGCAGCGACAAUAAAGACGCCAACAAGGACAAACAGUUCACGUGUCAAGUGUGCAAUAGAUCGUUCGGAUACAAACACGUUUUGCAGAACCACGAGCGUACCCAUACCGGCGAGAAACCGUUUGAGUGUCCAGAGUGCCACAAGAGGUUCACCAGAGACCACCAUUUGAAGACGCACAUGAGGUUGCACACGGGAGAACGACCGUACCACUGUGAACACUGCGACCGACAGUUCGUCCAGGUGGCGAACCUGAGGCGGCACCUCAGGGUGCACACGGGGGAGCGGCCGUACUCGUGCGACCACUGCUCGGCCAAGUUUUCCGACUCGAACCAACUGAAAGCCCACGUGCUGAUUCACACCAACGAAAAACCGUUUUCAUGCGAGAGGUGCCGCAGCCGAUUUCGCCGGAGGCACCAUCUGAUGCACCAUAAGUGCGGGGUGCAAUCGGAACCGGAAGGAUCGAGCACCCCCGAACCGGAAGAUUUGAGUAAGGCGACGAGGAGUCUGCAUCCCCCGAGGGUUCCCUUGAUCAGUUUGCCGCUCACGGUGAACCUGCCGGAGCAAACCGAACCCGAGGAUUUGAGUAUGAGCACGGGAAUGACCUCGAACAGUAGCGGGUUCGGAUCACCGAUGUCCAGGAGUCCCAGCUGUGAGGAGGAGGAUCUUUAUGAGGGCGAGGGAGCGUACCUCAAACGGUAAACGUGCGUCUCUUUUGGGAUUUAGUUAAUAUUUUGCCAAAGAAUUAUAAAUGUAUGUAUAUCGAGGCAAAAAAGGGUCGGCAGGUUGUUGUCGACUGUGAAAGGGAAUUUUCAAAUUGCAAGAUGCGAAUAUUGAAAAGGGCCCAUAAAAAUUGCACGGUUACGUCAUAAUGGUACCUGCCGAUUUUACGGUGCCGAAAUUUGCAUUCUCGAGGGUAAAACUGGAGCAACGGGGGCCAAUAAAUUCGAAAGAUCUUUUGUCUAGGGGACGGUUUAGUUUGGGUUUUACGGACGUUCAUCCAAUUAGGUUAUUCACUGUGUUCCGCAGAUGUCUGGGUUCGAUCACUCGCUUUACAGUACAAUUUCAAUAUAAAUUUCUGCACUUAAUUUGACACACUUUAAUUUAGCACUAGUGUUCCAUGAAUUGAAACGCGAAUUUGCCUUAGGUGCCGAAACCAAUGACAGAAUGCUCAAGACAAAAUAAGCCUGGAACAACAUAAAUUUUUCGUUCAUCGAUCGAUUUAAUGCAAAUUAACGAGCCUUCCUUGCCAAAGAACUUAAUAAUCAAUAUCUUAAAAAUAGGAAAAACCUCCUUAUGCCCAAAUAUAAUUUAAUUUUUAAAGAUCUUAUUGCAUCUCUCCCUCCUUUGAGGCAACUUUAUUAAGGUUUUAUCAUCUUCAAAGCAGGACGGAAAAUAGUAAUUAAGGAAACCGUUUGAUGUUGAGACUUUUUAUUAAAAUUGUUUUUGUGCAGUUUUAUGGCGUAACCGUACCGCAAAAACCUGAUCUUAUAGGUCUCGGUUACGUUCCAUUCAAUAAAAUAUGUAAUUUCAUCCAUUGUAUCAACUGUAUACGGUAAGAAUUUAAUCUGUAGACUCUUUUCUAGUUCUAUUAUUAUUAUUGCCCGAGUUUAAAACUAGUUUUGCUCUAUUCACAUAUCGGACAAUUUGCCCUCGCUUCGGUUACGUUACGUAACGGUUUCGCAAUUAAACUUUAUAAUUCGAACUUAAUAAUAAUGAACUGAAGCAGAGCUUUUAAUUGGGCGACCCUACUAUUUGGAUGAUUUACUGACGGUUUGGGUGCUUAGGUUGGAAGUUAAAUUUGGCGGAAUUGACGCACGUUUUCCGCAAAUUCGUAUUGGAAAAUGCCCCUUUUGAGUUAUUUUAUUUUUUUUUAAAGGAGCGUCAAUUUUGCUGGUUUUGGCUCGAUAUAGUAGGGUAAACCUACCCAAGUAACACAUUUUUGGUAUAUUUAUGGUCAAGGCAUAUUUAUCAGAGCUGCAGAAUGUACGUAUAUCAUAUACGAUUCUGUUUAAAAAAGGAAGAGAAUUUCGGCAUUUAAAAAAAUUAACAUAUCUAUUAUUUGAUGAAAUGCUUAU